CGUGAUAUGCAAUAUGGCUUCCCCGUGUCUGACGGACUGAAGCCUGCGGAGGGGCAGGGGGCAGGGAGGCGCGCCGCGUCGCGUCGCGCCCUCUUCGCCAUGCAGAAGAUCAAGUCGCUCAUGACCCGCCAGGGUCUCAGAAGUCCUCAGGAGAAUGUUCAUGACCUCAGCCCUAUUGAGAAUUUUCGGAUUCCUAGCAAGGAGGAAUUCAGAGAGCUACGGGAACAACCAACUGAUCCUCAAGCACAGCAAGAAAUAAUUAAUAGCAUUGAAGAAGUGUAUUUUUCCAAUGAUUCAUUUGAUAUUGUUAAGUAUGAAUUGGAGAAGCUUCCUCCUGUCCUUAGUCUUCAGGAAUUGGAAGAAUACAGAGAUAAAUUAAAGCAACAGCAAGCUGCUGUAUCUAAAAAGGUUGCAGACUUGAUUCUUGAAAAGCAGCCUGCAUAUGCUAAGGAACUUGAACGCGUUACAUCUUUACAGACUGGCCUUCAGUUAGCUGCUGUCAUUUGCACGAAUGGAAGAAGGCACCUGAACAUUGCAAAGGAAGGCUUUACACAAGCUAGCUUGGGGCUUCUUGCAAAUCAAAGAAAACGGCAAUUGCUUAUUGGAUUACUAAAAUCUCUGAGAACAAUAAAAACACUGCAAAGAACUGAUGUACGUUUAAGUGAAAUGUUGGAGGAGGAGGAUUAUCCAGGAGCUAUCCAACUAUGCUUGGAAUGUCAGAAAGCAGCCAGCACUUUCAAACACUACAGUUGUAUAAGUGAAUUGAAUUCUAAACUGCAAGACACUUUGGAGCAAAUAGAGGAACAAUUAGAUGUGGCUCUGUCCAAAAUAUGCAAGAACUUUGAUAUCAGUCAUUAUACCAAGGUGCAGCAAGCUUAUAGAUUACUUGGAAAGACACAGACAGCAAUGGACCAACUACAUAUGCACUUCACUCAAGCCAUUCACAAUACUGUUUUUCAAGUAGUUCUUGGGUAUGUGGAACUGUGUGCAGGAAACACAGACACAAAAUUUCAGAAGCUACAGUACAAGGACCUCUGCACUCAUAUUACAUCUGACAGCUACAUUCCAUGUCUUGCUGAUCUCUGCAAAGCACUUUGGGAAGUUAUGCUUAGCUAUUAUCGAACCAUGCAAUGGCAUGAGACACAUGAUCGAGAUGGAGGACCUGCUUUAUCUUCAGUUUCAGAUGGCAGCAAUGCAAUUGGAGCUGAGGAGGCCAAUUUUGACCGCAGUUAUGUAAAAAAGAAAUUAGAACAUGGACUUUCAAGAAUAUGGCAGGAUGUUCAGCUGAAAGUGAAGACAUAUCUGCUAGGAACAGACCUGUCUAACUUCAAAUAUGAUGAUUUCAUUUUUGUACUAGAUAUUAUCAGCAGGCUGAUGCAAGUUGGAGAAGAAUUUUGUGGAAGUAAGUCAGAAGUUUUGCAAGAAUCUAUUAGAAAACAAAGCGUUAACUACUUCAAAAAUUAUCACAGAACCCGUCUUGAAGAACUCCGAAUGUUCUUGGAGAACGAGACCUGGGAGCUUUGUCCUGUUAAGGCAAGCUUUAGUAUUUUACAGCUUCAUGAGUUUAAAUUCAUGGAGCAGUCACGUUCACCAUCCAUGUCACCUAGUAAGCAGCCUGCUUCAGCAAUUUCUACAACAGUCACUUUGUUUGAGCAGUAUUGUAAUGGAGGAAACCCAUUUGAAAUUCAAGCCAACAAUAAAGAUGAGGAGACAGAAGAUGUACUUGCUUCUAAUGGGUAUGAAUCUGAUGAACAGGAAAAGAGUGCAUAUCAGGAGUAUGACAGUGACAGUGAUGUUCCAGAAGAGCUGAAAAGAGAUUAUGUGGAUGAACAGACAGGAGAUGUCCCCGUAAAAAGCAUUUCUCGAGAGACCCUGAAAAGCAGGAAGAGAUCAGAUUAUAGCCUCAACAAGGUGAAUGCCCCCAUUCUGACAAACACUACACUGAAUGUAAUAAGGCUUGUUGGGAAAUACAUGCAGAUGAUGAACAUUCUGAAACCAAUUGCAUUUGAUGUGAUCCACUUCAUGUCCCAACUGUUUGAUUACUAUCUAUAUGCAGUAUAUACGUUUUUUGGCCGAAAUGACACGUUUGAAUUAACAGGACUGGGUCUCAGCAGUAGCAGACUGCGAACCACACUGAACAGGAUCCAAGAGAGCCUGAUUGAUCUGACAGUCAAAGAGCCCAAGGCUGAAUUGAUUCAAACUUUGCAGGAGGUCUCUACUGAUAGUACUGUUACCCUCACAGCUGUGGAAGAGAGAAAGGAAAAAGUGCCAAGCCUGCAUCUUAGUCAUCUGGUAGUUUUGACAUCUGGAAAUACACUGUAUGGUUUGGCAGAGAGAGUGGUAGCCACAGAAUCAUUGGUAUUUUUGGCUGAGCAGUUUGAGUUCCUUCAGCCACAUCUUGAUACUGUGAUGCCUGCUGCCAAGAAACCCUUUCUCCAGCAGUUCUAUUCUCAGACUGUGUCAACUGCCAGUGAACUACGCAAGCCAAUUUAUUGGAUUGUUGCUGCUAAAGCUAUUGACUAUGAACAGAUGCUGCUCCUCAUGGCUAAUGUGAAAUGGGACGUGAAGGAAAUCAUGUCACAGCACAAUAUAUAUGUAGAUUCCCUAUUAAAGGAAUUUGAACAGUUUAACAGGAGGUUGAAUGAGGUGUCUAAAAAAGUCCGUAUUCCAUUGCCAGUAUCAAAUAUUCUUUGGGAGCACUGCAUAAGAUUAGCCAACAGAACUCUUGUGGAAGGUUAUGCCAAUGUCAAAAAGUGCAGCAAUGAGGGACGUGCCUUGAUGCAACUGGAUUUUCAGCAGUUCUUAAUGAAACUGGAAAAGCUCACAGACAUUAGGCCAAUUCCUGAUAAGGAAUUUGUGGAGACCUACAUUAAAGCUUACUAUCUUACUGAAAAUGACAUGGAGCGCUGGAUUAAGGAACAUAGGGAAUAUUCUACCAAGCAACUGACCAAUCUGGUGAACGUCUGUCUGGGAUCCCACAUCAACAAAAAAGCAAGACAGAAACUGCUGGCUGCUAUUGAUGACAUAGACAGACCUAAAAGAUAAUUGGAGAAAAAGCGCCUUUCCUUGUGACUGGAACCUCUUUAACAUGAAGCAUGCAAGCAGAUCCCUUACAGACUACUGACAACAUUCUGCUAACAAAACCAGUGUGCAUGGCCCUUUUUAUUGGCAUAGGAAACUCUGAAUCAGUGUGGUGUUCUAAAUAUACUUUUAUAAUCUGUAGGGAUUUUUUUGAUUUUUUUUUCCUGUUUCUUUUGUUACUUGCCUUUACAAAAACGGCACACUUAAUGUAUCAUUGUUUAGCUGUAUAUUUUGCAAGACUGUAUACUACUAGUAAAGGUAAAUUAAAAACGCAUUGGCUUAAUAUAUAGUUGGUGCUCUUUUUGGGAAAGGAACUACUUUAAAAUGUGGCGAUUUUUUCCCUCGGACCCUCAGAACUUGUGCUUUAUUAUGAAUAUAUGUAAAGUGAAGGAAAAUGUACAAUAUCUUCUAAUGAUGGACCUUGAAACUUGCAUGUGAAUUGAGUGGACAUCUGCAAAAUACUUUAAUGUUAAAUCCAUAGUCUUUGUAUGUAUUUUUAAAUGUAAGUUUAUUUCAAAAUUAAUUUAGUCAUAUAAGGUAAUAAAUAGAAUACACUAAUAUGAA